AUGAUCAAAGACAUCAGGGAUUUGGUCGCGGAGCGAGACCUCAGGGGGCCAGACUUUGAUGUGCGCGAUACUAAUGAGACGCACAACGAGCAGCUUGAGGUGGUGGUUGUUAAUGACGAAGUUGCACGUCUGUAUCGUGAUAGUCCGAGGGCUCUCGGCGACUACCCGGGGCUCUCGUCUGUCACUCGGUACUGUGUGGCCUUGGCGAAAUAUCUUCAGAACCCUAUGAAGGAGUAUGCGGCCCUCGGCAACGAUAUCGUAUCAUUGAUAUUCCACCGAUGCCAGCACCUGGUACCAGAGGAGACGCUGCGCAAGCAGCUGGAUACUGCCAUGGUUGACAUGGUGAAUCUGUGCGGUAUCGAUAUCAACGAAGCCGUCACUGACCCGUACGUCGCCAACCUGUUGCCUUAUGUUUGUGGACUCGGCCCUCGCAAGGCGACAAGUGUGAUCAAGGCUAUCAACAUGAAUGGCGGCAUGGUCAAUAGCCGUGACGAGCUCGUCGGAGACCCAGACAGCCAGAAACUGCCCGUCGUUGGCCCGCGCGUGUGGAACAACUGCGCUAGUUUCCUGAGCAUCGAGUACGAUCCUUCCAUGUCUACGUCCGAUUACCUAGAUAACACGCGUGUGCACCCCGAGGACUACGAGCUGGGCAGGAAGAUGGCUGCUGACGCGCUUGAGCUCGACGAGGAAGACGUCAAGGCUGAAGUCGACGAGAACGGCCCCGGAGCCGUCGUGCGGAAGCUGAUCAAGGAUGAUGAGCAGGACAAGGUCAACGAUCUCAUUCUCGAGGAGUAUGCGGAGCAGCUGGAGCAGAAUUACAACCAGAAGAAGCGUGCUACCCUCGAGACCAUCCGCGCUGAGCUCAUCCAGCCUUACGAAGAGCUGCGCCGCAACUUCGCUAUGUUGAGCGAAGAUGAUGUUUUCACGAUGCUCACUGGCGAGACUAACGAUUCGCUUUGCGAGGGCAUGGUUGUCUCUAUCAAUGUCCGCGUUGUCAACGAUGAGUUCCUCAUCGUCAAGCUCGACUCGGGCUUGGAAGGUCGCGUGGAGGCAUAUGAAGCCACGGACAACAAUGAUGUGCCGUUGCCGAGACUCUUUUCUCAAGGGCAAGCUGCGCAAGCUAAAUUACUAUCGGUGGACAGGCGCGAGUUCUCGGCUAAGCUCUCGAUGAGAGAGCAGGAGGUCAAGAGACCGUUCCGCCGUCGCUUGAACCACAUGGAUGACCAGUGGGACUCGAACCAGGAAGCGAGGGACAGGGAGGAGCUGAGGGAGAAGGACAAGGUUACUGGGCGUGCUCAGCGUGUCAUCAAGCAUCCUCUGUUCCGCCCAUUCAAUUCCACCCAAGCGGAGGAGUAUCUCGGAUCUCAGAGCUCCGGCGACGCCGUUAUCAGAACGUCGUCCAAGGGUAAUGAUCACUUGACUGUGACAUGGAAGGUGGCAGAUGGUGUGUACCAGCACAUUGACGUCCUCGAGCUGCUCAAGGAGAACGAGUUCACGGUUGGCAAGCAACUUCGUAUCGGCGGCAAGUACACCUACAGCGAUCUGGAUGAACUGAUCGUGGAUCACGUCAAAGCCAUGGCUCGCAAGGUGGACGAGAUGAUGCAGCACGAGAAGUACCAAAAGGGCAGCAAGGCCGACACAGAACGCUGGUUGACGACCUACACCGAGGCCAACCCCAAGCGCUCCGUAUACGCCUUCUGCAUCGACCCUAAGCACCCCGGCUACUUCCACCUGUGCUUCAAGGGCGGACAGAACGCCAAGCUCAACGCCUGGCCCGUCAAGGUCAUCCCCAACGCCUUUGAGCUGCUCAAGAACCCGUACCCGGACAUGCGCGCGCUGUGCAACGGCUUCAAGCUGCGCUUUGCCAGCGAGGCGAAUAAGAGUCGCGGAUGA